AAACUGAUAGAAGUUCUUUUUUCAAAUAAUCAGUGCCCGACGCGCAUUACAUUUUUGUGGUUGAUCUUUUCAUUGUGCUUAGGGUUGAUCUAAUGAAUGCUUUUUAAUCUAUGGUCUUAAUAAUUAAAUUAAAAUCACAAGAUGAAGUCGUUGGCAGUUCUGUGCUUCCUGGCGCUGCUGUGCGGCGCGCUCGCCAAGAACAAACGGGAUGACAAGGUAAAGAUAGCGGUAUACUACGAGUCGCUGUGCCCGGACAGCAAGAAGUUCAUCACGUCGCAGCUGGCGCCCGUGUGGCGCGACCUGCGCGGCGGCGUCAAGGUCAAACUCGUGCCCUACGGCAAGAGCACGCACGACAAGAUAAACGGCAAAUGGCAGUUCACCUGCCACCACGGAGAGGACGAGUGCUACGGCAAUAAGGUCCAGUCGUGCAUCUUGAAGGACCGCAGCCUGCAGGACACGGAGAAAAUGGAGCUGGUCAUCUGCCUCAUGGGACAGGCGCACCCCGACAAGUCGCUCGACACGUGCCUGGAGCAAGUGCGGCGCUCGUCCGAGGCGGACAAGCUGAAGCGCUGUGCGGGCGGCGAGCAAGGCGCCGCCUUGCUGGCCUCGUUCGGCGACAAGACCGCGGCCGUGCAGCGCCCGCUGAACUUCGUGCCCACCGUCGUCAUCAACGAGAAAUUCGACCAGGCGUUACAAGAGGAGUCGCAGACGGACCUCAAGGGCAUAGUGUGCCGGCUGUCACCCAGCAAGCCCAGCGCCUGCUAAACGGGCUCUUCACCCUACUCCAUGUAUAGCUUAUAAGUACAUUAACAUUAUAACUGUAAUUUAAUUAAAUUUCUACAUAUUU